AGUUUCAUUUUGCUCAUAUCUAGUUAUGCAGUCGUUAAAAGUUUAGCAAGACAAAAUGGAUAUUAUCAUAGGAAAAUUGUAUAAGCCAAAUGGGAAUGUAUAUGAUAUAGAUAUUGAAGAGAAAUUUGAACAAAAUGAAAGAUAUUUUUCAGUAAAAAAGAAACAUUAUGGCUUAUGCGAAUUUCUGAAAAGUCAUACAAUUGCUGAAAAUAUAUUACAAGAUAUAGCAAACGAUUUAAAAUGUUGCCUUCGAUUGAAAUACGAAAUUCAUCCUCAAAGAAUUGAAUUCGAACUAUCUCGCAAACGUAUGGAAAAUUUAAUUUCCGAGAAACUCAUUGUUUGGUGCGAAUCUGCAAAAGUUUACGAACAUGUAAAAAGGAUUAAGGAAAGAGAUGUAGAAAUAGAAUGUACCGUUUUUCAAACCAAAAAUUUACCAAUUGCUAAAGAACGUUUAAACUAUUUUAUUGAAUCGAGUUGUGUUAGCCUUAUUUAUCAAUUCUUCUCUCUCAUCGACAUUCCACAUUUAUACUCUUUGAAUAAUGAACUAGUAAGAUUAGACUCCUAUGAGAUAAUUAAAAAAGAUACAAAUCCCAGCUUUCAAGGGUGUCAUAGAGUUACUUAUGAAAUAAAAAUCACUGGAAUUUCUGGUGCUUCCUUUGCUGUAUUAAAGACUCUCAAAGAAAUGAUUUAUGGAAAAUAUGUAGCAGCUAUAGAAAAAGAUGAAAAAAAUCUAUCUUCAAAUAAAUUCACCGAUUUAGGAUCUAAAAUUCUAUUACAAGAACUAGAAGAAGAGGAUAUAAAUAUUGUAUUUACUGUUAAACCAACUGCGGUUUAUGUGUUAAAAACAGUUGUUUUACAAUCGAUUGUAAAUAAUUUGAAAACAUCCAAAUGUAAAAUUGAUAUUACUGGGAAUAACGUUACUCUUACUGGCAAAGCUGGCAGUGUUAGAUUUAUUAGGAAUAUUAUCUUUGAUAAAAUUAGUAAUGCUCAUAGCAUUCAUUUGGAUCUGUUUGAACAUCAUGAAUCGGUUUAUAAAGUAUUAGAAGCAGCCAUUCAAGCAAGCGAUUAUUCAAAAAACGUUUCGAUUGAUUUCAAUAAGAGUUGUCUUAUAAGUCUAAGCAAAGAAACUCUUAGAGAUUGUUACGAUUUCCUGAAAAAUUCGAUUGAAAUAGAACAAUACGACUAUAAUCAUAAUUUAAUCGAUCAAAUUGAAAAGUUUAAUAGUCAAAACCAUGGCCAAAAUCAAGUUGCUGUGACGAGUAAAAAGAAACAAACUAAAGAGAUGUGGAUUGAAAUUAAAAGACUUUUCGAAAAAGCAGUUGCAAAUUCGAUAAAGGUUAUAUCUAUAACAGAAAUCAGCAAAUCAGCAUCAGUUUUCCAUUUCAACACAAAAAUAAGUUCAGCCGACAUUGAAACGUUAGAUUCUAUCAAUAGUUCUUUGAAUGUUGAAUUCUAUAGGCGAAAGCUAGAUAAUUCUUCAGAUACUUAUGAUAAAAAGAGAAUGAUAUUUCUUUCACUUGUCGAAAAUAGUAGACAUCUACUAGCCGAUACGCAAUAUCUCGAUUAUAUAAGGAAAAGUAGCGACUGCGAUAUAAAAUACUUUAACGAAGAGACUAAAGAUGAACUAUUGCUUAUUGGUCAAAUUGAUACAGUCAUUGGAGAAAGAGAUGAAAUAUCAAGGAAGAUUAACUUAUAUCAAAAAUCCGAUUUGUCGUUUAAAUGUAACGAUGAAGACUAUAAAAAAUUUAUUAGAAAGAUUUUAGCAUCGGAGGAAAAAGACUGGACCGAGUUUGUAACUGUAUUGCCAGGGAAUCGUUUGAUUGGUUGGGAUAAAUCCAAUAAUAUCAAGCAACAAAAUUCAGCUGAAGAAGCUAAAAGCUAUUUUGAAGCAUGUACAAAAAUUGAAGAAAUCCCCGAUAACGAGGGUCUAUUAAGUCAUUUGCAAACGAAAGAAGGUGAAGAACAUGUAAACUCAAUAGAAAAGACAUGGAAUUCUUCUAUCAACUUCGAAGUUGAUGAUGAAUCAUCAAACUUGAACAUUAUAUUCGUUGAGAAUGAAAUUACAUCAAUGAAUGAUAAAACUAUACAGUGUGACGCUCUGGUAAAUAAUAUAGCCGUAAUGACCGACGAUUUAUCACAGGGAGGUUCAAUUUCAAAGGCAUUUUUGAAAAAAUUUCCAAGAAUUGCAACACUGGAAAUGAAAUCAUAUCGAAAUAUAAAAAUUACGGAAUUAGAGCAAUUUAAAAUAAUACAUACAAGAGUGCAACACCAUAAUGAUAUCACUAAAGAAAAGGAUCUUAUCUCGUCUUUGCAAAAUGUACUUUCUUACGCUAUUGAAAAUAAAUUAACCAGUAUAGCACUUCCGCCAAUAGGAUGCGGCUAUAGUCAGUAUGAUCCAAGGAUUGUAGCUCAUUAUAUGUAUCAUAGUAUAACAGAUUUAAAGUAUAAGUACACAGAUAUAUCGCUAAAGAAAGUUUUUAUAGUAUGCCUGAGUGGAGCUGGUCACGUUUUGACAGAACCAUUUAAAGCUAUUGAGGAGAGAUCAAUAAAAGUAUGUAUAUAUGCCGAAAAGGAUGAGAAUAUUGAACGUACAACAAAAGCUAUACAAUCCUAUAUUAAAGAGCAAGCAAUUGUGAAAAAGAUUAAUCUAGAAAAGAACAUUAGAUUGAAUUCUGUGGAGAAUUUAGAGAAUAAAUAUGUAAAAAUUAAACAGCUAAGAAUGAUUAAAACUAAUGAACAAUUCAUGGAAAUUGUCGGUAUCAAACAGUUUGUUGAUAGAAGUUUUGAUUUAACUAAAGAGCUUUUAGAAAAUGCUAAAGAAAAACCAAUUACUUGGAAGGAUUUCGAUGAAGAAACCGAUCCAGAAGAGAGACUUGAGUUUAUGAAAGAUACUUGGAGAGAUAAUGAGAAUGCUGUAGCAUCUUCCGAUGAUAUAGAAAUCUUGGGGAUUGAACGGUCAGAGAAUCCUAGAUUAUAUCAAGCUUAUUCCACUGAACAUAAGAAAUUUUGCGAGAGUUUGAGCUCUGAUAAAUUUCCUAUGUUGAGCACCAAAACUAGUAAACAUUGUCCAGUUGAAUUGUCAUCUCUUCUAGCGCCCGAAAUCAAUGAAUUUUACUUUUUCCAUGGAACGAAUUCUGCAUCUAAAGAUAAGAUUCUCCACCAGGGAUUUGAUUUUCGACUUGGUGAAGUAGGUUACUAUGGUAAGGGUGCAUAUUUUGCUGAAGAUCCCAAGAAAUCUGAUGGUUAUACCUUCGGCCGUGGUAAGACUAUACAAGAGAAAUAUGAUAUAAAAAGACAUAUCAUCAUAGGAAGAGUAAUACUUGGAAAUUCAACUGUCGUCUCUCGAGAUUCGAACCUCAAACGACCUCCCUGUAAAACCUGCAAGGCAAAUGUAUGUAAGGACCAUAAUGAAUAUUUCGAUUCUGUUCGUGGAAAUGGAGGCCUUGAAAAUAUUUUUUGGGAAUACAUUGUUUACAGUCUAACACAAUGUUAUCCCGAAUAUCUUGUAACUUACAAGCUGAAACAGAAAGAGAAUUCUUCAGGCACGAAAAUUGAAAGGAAAAAUAGUUUACCAUAA